AUCUCAGUUUGUUGCGAGUGUCGUGCGUAACGCUUCGAUGUAGAUCAUCGAGCAGGAUUCGAUUUCUUGUUAUUUAUUGUAGUAGUUAAAGUGUAUAAAAAAUGCUAUUUGUGUUAUCAGUGAAUCAUGAACAAAUCUAGCGCUAGUUAUAGCUAUCGUAAUAAGGAGAAUAAAAACAUUUAUUAUGGUGUUUGGGUUUGAUUAAAUAAAGCGUAGUAACAACAAGUUCAGUAUUGUGGAAAAAGUGAGAUCCGUAUUAAAAUUACAAAAUCGGACGAAGAUGAACAUCUAUAUGAUUGUAUUCUUCAUGCUUUUGAGUUCUACCGUUAUAACAGCGCGUACUUCAGAAAAAUUAAAAGUUACUCUGCCUCAUGGUGGGACUCUAAUUGGUAGAUAUUUAAACACGAACAGUGGUCAAGGCAUUCUCGCUUUUCUUGGAAUACCGUAUGCCAAACCUCCCACCAAUGAGCUACGGUUUAAGGCUCCAAAACCAUUUGGAGGGUGGGUGGGUGUUCGUUUCGCAACUACCGAUGCCCCACUAUGUACUCAGCGUGAUCCAUACCGGCGGGAUGAAGCCAUUUCCGGUAUCGAAGACUGCCUGCAGCUUAAUGUAUACGUGCCGGAACGUCCACGAAUGCAGUUGGCCGAUUCAAAUGGAACGAAAUCAUUACCUGUAAUGGUAUUCUUCCACGGUGGUGGUUGGCAAUGUGGCUCAGGAACACGUUCGUUUUAUGGGCCGGAUUACUUGCUUGAGCAUGACAUUAUCUAUAUCGGAGCAAACUUUCGUCUUGGACCCCUUGGAUUUCUCAGCACAGAAACAGCUGACUGUCCGGGAAAUAAUGGACUAAAGGAUCAAAAUUUAGUGCUCCGUUGGAUUCAUGAAAACAUUGCAUCUUUCGGUGGUGACCCUCGCUCAGUUACCGUGUUUGGAGAAAGUGCUGGUGGUGCAAGUGGAACAUACCAUAUGAUGUCACCCUUGUCUAAAGGACUGUUUCAUCGAGUUAUUUCACAAUCCGGAGUCAACCUAAAUGCCUGGGCUCAACCGGCACAUCCAGGAGUAGCACAAGCACGUUCUGUGCAAUUGGGACAAAUGCUACAAUGCCCGCAGGGCAUCGAUGGACGAUUUGCAGAAAUGUUAAACUGUCUUCGGCAUGUGCCUGCAGAAGAAAUAACUAGAAAAUUCUACGAUUUUUUUCUUUGGGAUACCGAUCCUAUGAUCCCAUUCCCACCCGUUGUGGAACAAGACGCUCCGGGAGCAUUCAUCACAAAACAUCCAAGAGAAGAAUAUGAACCACAUGCUAUCGGUCUUCCGUGGAUGACUGGAUUAACAUUGGAUGAGGGAGCUUUGAAAAGUGCUUCAUUGAUAAACUUACCGGAACUUCGACAGAGUUUAAAUGACAAUUGGGACCGUGCGUUACCUAUUUCUUUGUACUACGAUCACCAUGAGCCUGCCAGGCAGCGCCAAAUUACGCAGCACAUUAACAGCUUCUACUUUAAUAAUCAGAAGCUGGUCGAAGCAACUGAGAAAAAUCUGACAAAUCUGUACUCGGAUGCUUGGUUUUUAGCGGGAAUGGAUGAAUAUUUGCGAAUACGUUUACUCGGCCAUGAUCGACGUUCAUCAACUUCUAUAAAAUCCGGACCAACAUAUGUGUAUCUUUUUGCACAAAAAGCAUCCGCCAGUUUCACCGAGAUAUUCAAAGGAGGGAGAGAAAAAUAUUACGGUGUGUGCCACGCUGAGGAGCUUCAAUACAUUUUUCCCAUCGCGAAGGAGAUCCCAAAUUUCCAUACGUCCGUUCCUUCUGAUGAAGAGCUGGAGAUACGACGCCUUAUAAUACAGUUAUGGGUUAACUUUGCUCGCACCGGUAAUCCAACUCCAGCCCGUGAAACAGAUCGUACUAUUCCCCACUGGCCUUCGAUCGACCAAUUUCCUUUGCAGUAUCUACGAAUUGGUAGCAUUGAUUCCUCGAAGGAACCAAUUUUAGCAUUAGAAUCAGGGCUCUUUGAAGAACGGGCUACUUUUUGGCGGGAACUUAAAGCGCACCAUACAACAAUUUUGUCCGAUGUGAACCAAAUUCAUCAAUCACGAAACGAACUUUGAGUCUAUUUUUCAAUUGGUUGUUUUUUUCACAAACACUUUUAGUAUCUAAAUACCCUGUCUUAUUUGGCAUUUACACCCAUCGUAAUAAUAACGCGGCUGUAUGAGAAUCGAGUGAAAUUAGUAAUAAAUUACUCUUAAAUGUGUUAUUGACAUUAUAGUAUUAUACGCAGUUGUAUAUUGUAAAUAAAGGAAGGUAUCAUAGUAAUUAAAGGACUUCUUAACGCUGUUGACUAACGAUACGUUUAUUACAAACGUCCGAGGGAGGCGAUUUCCAGAAACAAUUAUCCUUUACAAUAGAGUCCCCUGCUUUUCGUGUACAGUUAUACCGUUUAAGAAUUAUUCCCAUCACAUCUAUUUAAAAAAAAAAUCGUUUGAUGUUACACACAUCAGAACCACUAUCUGGUUUUUGGCGAUCCUCAUGUAUAUUGGACUCUAUGUUAGAAAAAGAACACAGUUGAAACUGAAUGACAGUAUUUUUAUUAAUCACUAUUGCAUUAAUUAUAAUGAUAGAUAAAGUUCAUUCCAAAUAGAUUGCUUAAAAUAUGUUGGGUGUUUGUUUGGAAUACGGAUGUUAGAAAAAGAGCACAGGUUUAACUCCAUAAAGACAGCUAUUUGAAUAAUCAA